GCGCGACAGCCACUGGGGGCGGAGCUUCGGUCCGGGCCCGGGCGGGGUGUGAACAGUCGGUGUUUAGUAAGUGGAAGGGUCGGCAGACUCCGCACGGGCACGAGUGAGUUUCACUGUGGAGAUGGAUCGCAGAACACCAGAAGAACCAGCAAGGAACCAAUCACUCACUAACCUCAGCCAAAAUGUAUCUGUGAUAUCUUUGAUAUCAGAAGAUGAAGAGGACAUUGUGUGUGUCUCUCUGGAGCAGACGGAGAAUGCUAAGGAGGAUGAGUGUUUUCAGAAACAGCAGAAUCUGACGGCAGCCAAACCAGGUGUGGACAUGGAGAAUGCUGGAGAUCAUCAUGGCCACUGUGAUUUAGUGGGCUUUAUCAGAAGAUGCUGUGGUACUCACGUCUACUCACCUGAUCCAAAAGAGAUUGUGCAGGCUGUUUCCAACACGCCUUUCUGCCUGUACCUGUACGUGGGAGUGCAGGUGGAUGAAGGGCACAGCACCAGCUUUGUGCUCAUUAGUUAUUUUGACCAAAGCUCGGGUAGGAGUGUAGUGAAGCUGCUGCACACUCUGCAGAUAAGCACCGACACCGCUUAUCCACAGGUCUCCGGAGACACAGACGCAGUCACGCGUGCAGCUCGUUCUGAUGCCUGCCUUUUGAUUCGGACGCUAGAAAAACUGGAGCUUCCACUUUCCAACAUGGCUGUGUUUUACUGCAGCGAGCCCCAGCUGGGCGAGAUGUGUGUGUCUGGGCUCCAGACGUUCAGCCCAAAUGUGAUAUCACUCUGCAGCAUCCCCGGAAUUGCAGCAAGAGCCUCCCAGGCUGCACUCACAGCUUCAUUUACUCACGUGGUUGACUUGAUCCUGGACAUCCAUCAUCAUUACUCCACCUGCACUUCCAUUAACGACAGCCUGAAGGAGGUCUUUGCUAACACUCAGUCCUACAACCCCCUCUGUCCCAUCUCAACGCAGUGUUCGUUCGUCACACACAGUGUGCAGAAGAUGGUUGCCCGCUGGCAGGAUCUGCUGGACUAUUUUCAAUCCCUGAAACAAACGGAGGUUACUAACCAGAUCAGAAUGCGGCUCAUGGAUGAGAAUGUCAGACUGCAUUUUCUCUUCCUGUGUCACGCUCUGGAGCCCCUCAAAGCUCUCCAGGAGCUGCAGGAGGCCGGCACCAAAGACCUGGCUGUUGAGCUUCAGCUCACGUCCAUUCUGCUUCAGUCCUAUGCAGCCAGCAUUCUCCGCUCCUCUGCUGUCAGUGGCUUUCUGUGGAGGCAGGAUUUGCAGCUGCUCAGCAGUGAGAAGGACCUCCUGCCUUUAGCCGAGGUGAACAUUGGUUCUCAGACCACAGACCUCAUGUGGGCCAUGGGUCUGAACGGAGGUGAAAGGGACAUGAUUGGCUUCCUGAAGCGUGCACAGUCCUUCUAUAAAGCGGCGCUUCAGAGUUUGAUGGAGAGUUUACCAGAAGCACUUGGGGAUGUGACACUAAAGAACAUCAAGGACAUUGUGAAAGACCCAAAAAAUUUCACGGUCAGACAUUUUCCCAAGAAGGUCCUGUCCCAAAUUGGUGUUCAGCUGGGUUUGUGUGCUGUUGGACCUACAGAGAACCAACUGGCAUCCAGUUACAGCGCGUUCCUCCAGAUGCUGAGCCAGGAAUCGAACUGGAAGGAGUGUAACAGCUGGGCCCAGGUUUUGUCUCAGAUGAGACGGUGGACAAGUCUGCACAAACUUCUUCUGACCCUGCUGACCAUGCCCAGCUCUCUACACAGGACUCGGGUGUUCUCUGAGGCCUACCCGAACGUCCGAAUGCCUCACCGCAGGGAGGAAAACGCAGAAAACUCCCCUCUGCUGAAACCUAGGAGAUCACGACCUUCUGUGCUCAAAAGGAGACCACCUUCCCUGGCCAGGCAUGCAGGCCAGAGAAGAGAACAGGAGCUUGAGGAGACUUCAGGAGACAGUGACAGCACUGCAGCAAAGCCUUUAAGCUCUAAAACCACUCAACUCGAUGACAGGAUAGAAGACACUGACAAUUCAUCAGAUGUGAUCGAUAUUACAGAAGGAUCCAAAAUGUCUUUUACCAGCAGUCAAGUGACACCACAACGUAAAGGAAGUCACCAGGGAGAGAUUGGUCUGAUAUUGACGAGUGAUGAAGAAGAUGCCAGCUUAGAUGCUACGGCCACAACUCCUCGCUCUGAAGAGCUUCCAGAAGGAUUCAUUGGGGAGCUGGUCUGGGGAAUGAUCGUGGGCUUCCCUCCCUGGCCGGGCAUCAUCGUACCAAAUAAAAGACAAGGUCAUCCACCAGGCAUGAUAAUGGUGGAGUGGUAUGGACAAAAAAUGUGUUUCCAGGUCAGUUUGAAGACCCUGCGCCCAUUUGCUGAGUUUGGCCUGCACUUCAGUGCCAAUUAUUUCGCCACCUUCAUCACCUACAGAGAGAGCAUCUACACAUCACUUCAGGAAGCAGCACUUCGCUGUAAUAAGAAGUUUCCUACAGAGCUGGAAGAUGGUGAAGAGCUGCUGAAACACCUGUUAGACUGGGCCUUUGGAGGCUUUCAACCAUCUGGUCCAGCUGGAUUCAAACCAGCCAAUGGUAAGGAAAUGACCAGGCCAGUGGUGAAGACGAAACUCGUCGGGAAAGUUGACUUGUUUACCAACCAGUCUGACCCAAUGAAGAACAAGACCAAACUCAGCUCUGAGAUGAACAACGCAGCUGCUGUGCCACUGAACAACCUGUCCUGUACUUCUUUCCAGUCGAAAACUGACAAUAGAAACAAAUUUGAUCCUGAAAAAAAACGCUCCAAGUCACUGGAAAGAAAAGGGUCCAGGGGCACAUUAAGUACAGAGAUGGAGAAACAUGGAAGUCUGGAGGAGGAGAAAGAUGAGUGGGCCAAAGAGUGGGAGAAGAUGAAGCCUGUGUCGGGAAGGAGAUCAAGCAGAGGAAGUACGAGAGUAGGGAGAAGUCUUAAAAAGACAUUUGGGCCAUUUUAUGGAUUAGACGACGACAUGUCGCCAGACUUUGUUCCAUCCAAGAAAAAGAACUUUGUCAAAACCUACAAUAAAGGGAGUCAGGCAACCAGUGUGUACACACAGCCUGACCAAAAGCUCAGAGAGGAGACCAUCCAUAGGAUCAUGAACCUGAAACUGGACAUUGAAGGCUUCUGUUUGUGUUGUGGAACUGAGAACAUCGAGAUUUCGCACCCUCUUUUUCAAGGCAGCCUCUGCUUAAAGUGCAAAGAUAACUUCACAGAAACUCUAUAUCGCUACGAUGAAGAUGGAUACCAGUCCUACUGUACUAUUUGCUGCUACGGGCUUGAGGUCAUACUGUGUGGAAAUGAUAGCUGUUGCAGGUCCUAUUGUGAGGACUGCCUGAACAUCUUGGUUGGACCAGGGACAUUUGAGUCACUUAAGCACCUUGACCCAUGGAUUUGUUACCUGUGCCAACCUCAUCUGCCCCACGGUGCGCUGGUUCCUAGAGUGGAUUGGAGUGUUCAAGUCCAGGAAUUGUUUGCUAACAACAGUGCAAUGGAGUUUGAACCUCAUCGUGUUUACCCAUCUAUUCCUGCCUACCUGCGCAGACCAGUUCGAGUUCUUUCUCUGUUCGAUGGCAUUGGGACAGGCUACUUGGUGUUGAAAGAUCUCGGCUUUAAAGUGGAGAAGUAUGUUGCCUCUGAGAUUUGCGAAGAUUCGGUUUGUGUGUCGACCAUCAACCAUGACGGGAAGGUAUCCCAUGUUGGUGACGUUCGAUUCAUCACCCAGGAAAAUCUUGAGAAGUGGGGCCCAUUUGAUCUGUUGGUUGGCGGUAGCCCCUGUAAUGACCUCUCCAUCGUAAAUCCAAUUCGGAAGGGUCUCUAUGAAGGCACUGGCAGGCUCUUCUUUGAGUAUUUUCGCAUCCUGCAGCUACUGAAGCCCAAAGAGGACAACCCUCUGCCUUUCUUCUGGCUGUUUGAGAAUGUGGUCUUCAUGAACACCCACGACAAAGUCAACAUCUGCCGUUUCCUUGAGUGUAACCCAGUACUUGUGGAUGCAGUCAAAGUGAGCCCGGCACACAGAGCUAGAUACUUCUGGGGGAACAUACCCGGGAUGAGCAGGCCCAUCAUCGCCUCCCAGAAUGACAAACUGAGUCUCCAGGAAUGUUUAGAGAUAGGUCGAGAGGCCAGGGUAACCAAGGUGAGAACGAUAACCACCAACCCAAACUCACUGAAGCAGGGUAAGGACGUGUCCCUGCUGCCGGUCCUGCAGAAUGGAAGUGAGGACAACCUCUGGAUCACGGAGCUGGAAAAAAUCUUUGGAUUUCCCAAACAUUACACUGAUGUGAGGAACCUGAACCGACAACAGAGGCAGAAGCUGCUGGGGAAGGCGUGGAGCGUUCCCGUCAUCCGUCACCUUUUUGCCCCCUUGAAGGAGUACUUUGCUUGUGAGGAGCUUCCUCUCCUGACCGUCCCCAGCACGUCCAGCUCCGUCUCUCCCCCACUGCCCCACACUCUGCAGACCUCCACCAGCUUCCAGCAGUAGGGGAGUCUCCAUCUCCAUAGUCUGACAGAAUGUUUAGUGUUUAGUUCAUUUCAGAUUAUUUUUCUUGAAUCUUUUAUACUUUUUAAAGACACUACAAAAUACACACACACACACACACACACACACACACACACACCACACACACACUUGAUUUUCAUGGUGCUGUAUAGGUCCUGUAGCAGUUGAUGAGCAGAAACUGGGGAUGCACCAGUAUAAUAAUGGUUUGAUAUGUUUGCCUACACUAGUGGCCACAGCACCUACGUUACCUCUGUGCUUCAGUCGAACGAUGUACACUCCCAGGCUGCAUCACUCGCAUGGCCAGCCCCCUCUGAAACUCACACUCAAAUAUACUAGGAUGUUAUAAUAUAACCAGCCCUGUUUUCCAACAACACUACUCAGAACAAAAGGAGCAGGGAAUCAGCAAACCGUGUGAGGUGAUCUGUAUGCCGCACAAAAACACGUCACAGCAAAGCCAUGAACCGUCUACUUAGUCUCUGGCCUUCUGUCGGACUCUGAACGAUGAAAUGGCUGCAGGCAGGACGCUCUGGAGCAGCCAGUGACUCCGCGCCCUGGCCUUGUAGUGGUCAACAAACGCGUUUCCAGACCAAGUCAGCCUGCUAAGAAGCACAAGGUAGGAAAGAGGAGGGAAAUACUGAAAGGUUGCUGCUAGAAAUGGCAGCCUGACCGAACCACACCCAUCAGGGUCACGCUGAGUGUUGCUGUUGGAAAACCUCGGUAACAUCAACUGAUGAUGGUCCUUAUGCUGGUUUAUUGUGUGCCUACCCCACUUUCCCACUUUUACUGGCUUUUUGCCACAUGUGGCUGCAGAUGAGUCAAUAAUCAGGUCAGGAAACGUUGAAUGUGAUUAGAUUGCACAACAUUUUUGCACAUAAUUCCGGGUGAACACAUGAAUGUGGUUUGAAUGAGGCAUAGCUGUGAAGUGUCAUACAUGCUGGUUUAAACAUGGUGGAACACGGCAUGAUGUCCUGUUUACGACAGAUUUUAAUGAAUAAAUUUUUUUUUCAUUUCCAAA